GCCGACAGUACUAAGAGUCGGUCGCGCGAUAACGAGGUCAACGAGGAAAACAACAACUACCAGCGCGUAGCAGAUGUGUUUGAUAUCGAGGAACCUGAGCCAGGAUCUUUCGGUGCGCGUGUACGAGAGAUCGACCGCAUGCUCGAGGGUCUCUUGGUGUUGCCAAAAGGCAGACGCGCCAAAAAAUUAGAAUAUGGCCUAUUUGAAGACGGAGGCGAACAGGAAAAGAAUUGCGAAGGUCGUGCAAAUAAAGAAGGCGUGACAGAAAAACAACAACAAAGACAAUGCUCGUUGUUGUUUUCAUCUGUGGAGGUAGAUGCUGAGAACCGAGUGCUUUUCAAGAGAAGCGAAGUUUUUGCGGAGGCUUCCUCGAAAUUCAAUCGAUUUAGGGAGAAGGCGCGAGCAACAUGUGCAGGAACGCGUCUUCCAACGACCACUAAAGAACAAGGCGCAUUCGAGAAGCUGUGUCGUGCUUUGGGUGAGGCAUUUGGCGACGAUAGUGGGCUCGACGAUGAUAAAGAGGAUGUUCUUGCGGAGAAACGUACUAUAAUUUCGGAUCACGGACGAGGAGAGCAGCGAAAAGGUGUAGGUGCUGCUCCCGGUUCAACUUUCGCACGAGAUGGUGCGGUCGGUGAAGAUGCAAUUGCAGAAGCACCGAUGAGUCCGGUUGCAGAAAAGAAUGACGGCAGUGUCGGAGACGAGGAAUUUAUUGGAGAAAAGCAGUCGUGGAAACAGAGUGUCGACAAUACACCCACGAUAACGUUUGCUGAUACAGACAAGGGGUUUGCUACACCGAACUUGCAAACCAAGAAGAAUAGAUCCGUUCCUGAGAAGACACGAAAAGCUCAAGGUACGUUACCGACGUUUACGGGACUCUCGUUGAGCAAGCACGAAAGCAGCCUGGAUGCUCUCAUACCGCAUCUGAACGCAGCGGUGUUCGACCCGACGCAGCAGCUUUUGUUGAAGCAGAGCCUUGGUGGCAGUUCAUCUGCUGGGGGUCAUAAGAACCUUUAUCCGGGAGGACCGCAGAGUAGUACAGCUGAAGUUUUACAGGGUGAAUACAAGCAGUUUCUGUUCUAUGAACAUCAAACCCGUGGAAAUGGAAAGGACGCAAACAUUUUCGUGGAAGCACAUGAGUUAUGCACCCUUGAGCCGACAGAACCGACACAGAAAGAGACGCAAGUUUCCAGUUCUCUGAGCGAAAACAAGCAGUGGGAUUCUUUGUUUACCCAAGUGGACGGCGAAAAUGAGUUUUUUGUUUCUGGAACAGCUGCCGAAGCCCAUGGUGUAAUGAUGGAGGAUGCGCCUGCCGAUUCAGAAAAGAGUGGAUCGCAAUCCUGCGUAUUUAGUGACGUCUCUGAGUGCGAGGAUCGCCCCUCAGAAUUGAUUUUGUCUCCUGAAAUGGACUACAGGUCGAACAAUCAUACGAGGACAUCUGUCAUGCUGACAGGAGAAAAGGCUACCUCUUGUCAACAAUGUCCGAACGUGGAGUAUAAUAGCGACAACGAGACGAGCUUGAGAGAGCUGGCGUUUCCGAGUCGCGAGAUCGUCGUACGACAUUUCGAAAAGCGAAAUAAGGCUGUACAUGGAGAAGCUUUCCAGGCGGUAAGCGAGGAAUGCUGCGAUGGAUGCUACAGUAAUUUUCAGCUUCAGGAUUUGCAAGAGCCGGAGCAGGGAAACAUAAUUGUGCAAUCGCAAGAAGUGGUGCUGGAAGGAAGAAUGCAGCAGUGUGGCACUGCUGCUUUCGGAAUUUGUAGUUCUGGGGGGACAAUCACGAAGACGAAGGGUGAGGGUGAGCCUCGUAUCGUUGCGGCGCCUCAAAAAAACGACCUCCUCGUGACAGAGCCUAUAAAGCGUACUGAAGUUGUAGUAGGUCUUCGAUUUGCUUCUGGACUUGAGUCUGGACGUCCGAUAGUCAUCGGGGAAACUGAACGAGAAGCGGAAUUGCCAAGUGCUUCAGGUUUAGUGCCUGUCCAUCAUGUUCUCGUCGAAGACGAAGAGGACGACGAGGACAUUCCUGUUGUGCCACUGCGACAAUCACCUUUAUCUCCACGCGACGUUUGUUUUCCUGCAAUUGCCUUGGAUCGAACGAACAAGCAAAUAGAGCCUUUUGUUAAGGCUUCCCCUCAUUCAUCAUCGGAAGCAUCUUGAGGACGUUCUGAAGCGGAGAACGGUCUCAGGAUGGCCUGGACUCCGAGAUGGAUUAGGGAGAGCUCUAAUUUUCAUUUUUUACGUGCAAAAACUCAUCAAUCUGAGCAAGCACCUGGAGACUUUGAGGAAGUGAUCAUGAGCCACAAUAUCUCGGACAAUGCCACAUUUUUUGCAGCUCUUCGUGGUGUAGCGGGAAAGGGAGUCAACAGUGCGUAUGGUCCUUCUUCUGCUUCAGCUACAUCUAGCUCGUCCCAGAAAUUGACAUGCACUCCUCCCACGCGCAAAAGACGGGCAUCUAAGGCAGGUCUAGUAGACCCCGCGGUCAGUGGUGAGCAUUUUCCACAUUCGCAAACAUCAUCUCCAGCAUCGUUUUCCAUUGGUGGUGCUGCAAGUGACGCAGUGUCGAUUUAUGACAUCAAUGCGCCGAACUCGGGUCAAAUGUCUGCAGUGGAUAGCGCGCCGUCCCCGUCUAACACUACAUCUUCGCAAGGAAUAAAACAGGAAGUCAAGGACAGUGAGACCCAGUACGGCGGAGUGUAUGAGCAUCGAGAAGAGUCUUGUACAAGUUCUUUGCAGCACGACCCCUCUUCAACACUCAACAGUUUGACAAGGCCUGUCUUCGCUUUUGGUAAGCGGCCACACGGUGACUCUCUGUGGAUGACAGAGAGGGAACUGAAGGGUCCGUGGUAUGAGAUUCCUAAGCUGACAUAUUCUGACAUCGUUAACCGAAAUAAAUCUCUCGAGUCACCAAUGACGCGAGAAUCACGCGUGGCUUUUCUAGUGAUUGGGUUUUCUAGUGUUCAGUUUUCGACGUUGUACGUCUAG